AUGUCGGAAACAACUAAGCUUACUCCUGCCGACGCCGAACUAUUGUGGUGUAUAGUCAAGCAGAUUUCAAAGUCUAAACUCAAUGAGCUUGUUGAAUGGGAUGUCAUUGGAACGCAGCUGGGUGAUCUGAGUAACGCUGCUGUUGACAAGCGGUUUUCACGUUUGAAGAUUAAAAUGCGCGAGAAUAGUGAGGUUGGUGACACAGGAGCGGCGAGCAAAUAUGUCACAGAGGAGGUUACAAUCGGAGGCGAGGCCGGUGUCGAUGGUCAGAAAGCCGCCACGAAAGAGACAGGCGUUGAAAAGGUUGCAACCAAGCGCAGUCGUAAAACUCCUGUCAAGGAUAAGGGUUUCACAGGAAAGGGCAAGGGUGCCAAGGGUGCCAAGGGCAGGACUACUUGGGAAAGUGUCAAGGAUGGUCUGGAUGAUUAG